AACUCAUUGGAGCCAUUUUCUACCUGCAUGUCAAGGACUCGUGGUCCUGUUUCUUGCAUGUGAUGUUCUCCAUGUUUCCCAACACUUCAUGGUCGUCAUGGCUCUUGCCCAUACAAAUUUAUUGAGACGUUGUUUCCAAUCUCCUGAACCGCCAUGAACCCUCUUCAAACCUCUUGACCAUCAUAUACAGGUUGCGACCAACCGUCGCCAGAGAGCCAGGCUCUCCCAUUCCUUCCCGUCAUCGCAACUUCAGUGCACGGCAUGACUUCCCUGAAACCCAUCCUUGAGGGACUGGGCAGACCCUCCUCGCAAGAUUUGCACAACCAGUCGAGCCUAACCCUCGGACGCUCCCCUCGACCAUACCACCGCAGAGGGGAAUCUCUGACUGUCCUAAGAGAAGCCCGUGCCAGCCAGGACGUGGGAAGUUCCAGUCCGGACACACCUCCACAGACAAGCCGCGCCGAGUCAAGCGAGAGUGGAACAGAAGCAGACGAUGAGAAAGGCCCUUUCCUCAAAGGACUGCCUGCGCCACCAUUACGAGCCCACAAAGGUCUGCGAGGAUCAUCGCCGUCGGACCUGACCCCAAUUCCGAGCCCUCCAUCAACCCCUCCUGCCUAUGUAGAGGCCGAUGGAUAUGAAUACUUCAAGAAAGACGACAAGUCUAAUAAAGCACUGAGAAACGCCAAACUCACGGCCGCAGAGUACGAAACAUAUAAAACCCGAAAGCGGAAAGAAGUCGUUCGUCGCUGUACAGAACUGUCCUUGCUAUGGGGAAUCGGUGCUAUUGUGUGGACGAGUCGUGGAGGCUCCAAGGCGUUUGUGGAUUGGCUGCAUGAACUGAUCUCUUUUCUACUUAUCCCGCCGUUUGUCUACCUCUCUUAUCCAGUCCGUCUUGCUCUUUGCGCUCGUCGAGCGGGCAAGACGGUGUUCCACUCGUUGCAGCUGGGGUUUCAUAUUCCUUCUCGUUUCGACUCCGGGCCGUUGAUGUAUCCUGUUCUUCUCCCUUUGUGGAUCGCCAUGUCGCUCUUCAGUCGCUCUACCGCCUUCUUACCUGCCGCCAUAGCAUGUGGACUUUCUUCGAUUCCCACCCACAUCACCGCCACUCCGAAAGUGCCUGCGGCUGGCAGCUAUCUCCACUGGCUACUAUCAAUACUUCCUUUUCACAUGAAGUUUGUCAGCUUGAUCCCACACCUGAGCACCAAACCGCUCUCACUAAAACUCAGCGGCGGAAGCGGCUUCGCCGUCGAAGACGUUGCUGUCAUCUUUCCUCUUCAUCACACCCUGCUGAACACGCUAGGUUAUCUGACGACGUCCAGCCUCGAUAUCUCUGAGCUUCACCUAUUGUCCACGGCUCUCAUCAAUCUCCUUAUUUUCGCACAUUCUCCUCAGGCGGAGAUCAUUAAGGCUUUGAUCUGGAUCGGAGGUCUGUGUCUCUUCAUCACUUGCAAGGAUCUCAUGGUCUGGGAAGUGGCAUUGGCCCGAGUUCCCACAUGGAAGCUCCUGCGAUCUCGAAAGCAACACGGCGUCGUCUCUCGAAUUGACCAGGCCGUUUGCGUUUUGCUGACACGAGCAAGACAGCGGCCAACACAGAACAAUUCUUCAGACAGCGACUCCGACGAACCAAGUCAAUACCCCAGGCUCCGAGGCGGGCCCAGACCCCGUCUCAAAUUACAAAUGAACGGAAAAUCAUCCACCAUGCCGGUGGCUGAACCAGUCUCGGCGUUUGAAGUUCCUACGACCAGGUCGGUGUCAAUCGAUCUGCCCAACUUCACCAAACGCCUCCGUCGCAAUACCUUUACUGGCUUCGGCAACGGUAAGAGAGAAAAGUCAGCCGCUAAGAAGGCGAGGAUGUCCGCAGCUCAAUCGACAUCGCCUUUCCUUUCAUUUUCCCUCGAGCAAGCCCGAGUUCGAAAGUGGGCAUACGCAGCGCUCGUCUAUCUGUUUGUCGCCGCCACCGUCCUUGGUCCUGUCAGGUCGUAUGUCAGUACCAAUGCUCUCGGGGGCCAUGAACCAUUUGGCUGGGCUCUCGGAUACCUUUUUGGAAACACUCCGCGCCUACGCUUCUUGAUUGUCAGCAAUAAUCUGGAGAGAUGGAUCGCACUCCCGGCGAAUCGCUAUGACACGUCGAGUGCUGGAGAUUUCUCAAUUGAGUACUUGCGACAACAACGGUUGGGAGCGGCUAAUGUCCGAUUACUGAUGUGUGUAUAUUGCGUUUCCGUUCUGCUUGUUGGUUUGUUUGCCGUAUUGCGGCUUACCUCGGUUGUGGAAGUUGAUACUCGACGGAAGAUCUUCCAUGGCAUCAUGGUCGCCAUGUUGUUACCUACGAUAUUUGUCGACCCGUGUUUUAUUGCUCUGGCCCUUGGUCUUAUACUAGCAAUCUUUCUUCUCCUCGAUCUUUUCAGAGCAUCACAACUUCCACCCAUCUCGAAGCCGUUGACGAGCUUCUUGGCACCUUAUGUGGAUGGUCGCGACCACCGCGGACCGGUGAUUGUUUCGCACAUAUUCUUACUCAUUGGAUGUGCUAUCCCACUUUGGCUAUCUCUAGCAGCUGCGUCUCGCGAUGGCGAUGGACCUUGGGCUGGCUGGGAGACUUCUGUUCGAGACAUCAGCAUGAUUAGCGGAGUGGUGUGUGUCGGUAUGGGCGAUGCAGCAGCAAGCCUGAUUGGACGGCGUUAUGGUAGAACAAAAUGGUACUGGGCGGGAGGUAAGAGUUUAGAAGGAAGCAUUGCAUUUUCGGUGGCAGUGACCAUCGGCCUCAUGGCGUCCUGGAUUUGGCUCAGACUUGGGGGAUGGGUGCCAUGGCCCAAUGCCAGCGUGAUGAUCGACACAGUGGGAAAAUGUGCUGUCGCUGGACUCGGAGCCAGUCUCUUGGAGAGCACUCUGACGGCAGCAAAUGAUAAUGUGGUGGUGCCUAUAGGGUUAUGGCUACUUGUCCGAGGCUUACAAAUAUGACCACGAGGACGAGGCGUGCAGGCGGCCUUAGUAUAUAUCACAAGAUCAUGAGGUCUUUGUGAUGAAAAGUGUGUGUCUAAUGGCGAGAAGUGGGAACGGCAUAUUCUAUGCAGAUCUCGAAUAUAAUCCAUUUGUGCAUAGUA